ACAUUUAACCGCAGAGUUCGGCGAACUAACGUCGUUGAUAUGUGCUCCGUUAUGUUUCUAAUAUCAACUGGAAUUUGGUUUGUUUAAGAUAUUCGAUAUAAACCCCAGUUAAUGAGAUUUUGUACGUGAUUUCCUACGAAACAUUCUAUAUUAAACGCCAGAGCUGUUGUUUUACACAUAUUUGCGUAGAAUUGUCGGACGAGCUAACAAGUAACAUUAGCUAAUACGUUAGCUCUGGCAAAAUGGCGGCGAAUGCGGCACAGCAAGCUCCGACACCAAAAUGGCCGUAUGGGAAUAAUUCAAGUGCUGAAAGCCAAGUCCAUGAGAACCCAGAAUGGGAAAAGGCCCGACAGGCUCUAGCCUCCAUUAGUAAAAGUCAGAACUCUACCAAGACUUCACCAACCAAUCACACGACCCAACAGACUGGACCUUAUCAGGCAACAGACCCUUCUGCAAUGCAGCAGCAAUACUACCAGCAGUGGUAUCAACAGAACCAACAACCGUAUGCUGGUUACCCAUAUCCAUAUAACUACUACUACCCCAUGCCUCCGUAUGGAGGACCAUAUCCUCCUGGACAGUAUGGUGUUCCAGGGGGCUACCAGACACCCACUACACCCACUGGACAGGCCCCUGCUAUGACCAUGAUGGAAGAUCAGUCCUCCAGCUAUUCCUCCCAGCCCCCUCCACCUGCAACCCCUCAGCCUCCCCCUCAGAGUCCUACAUCCACUGACCAGCCCCCACCCCCUCCUCCACCCCCCAUACCUCCCCCACCUAAUGCCCAGUACCCCCCUCCACCAUCCCAGAACACCUACAGCCCUAAUGGUACCCUGCCAUACAGCCCCACUGAUUCAAACACUAUGAUGCAGGGCUACAAUUCAGGACAGAUUCGGCCAGGGUACCAGGGUUACCAAACUCCAGCAUAUCAGCCCCCUCAGCAGCAGGGUCCAGGUCAGGGCCUGUAUGGAGGCCCAGGCAGGGUGGAUGCAAAGAAACCUAACAAUAGCAAUAUGAACAAAGGCGGCCAGCAGCUGUGGCAACGCAUGAAACAGGCUCCUGGAACUGGUGCUGUCAAAUUCAAUCUACAAAAACGCCCAUAUGUCAUGGCCAGUCAGAACUUUCCUUCAGGUGAGCAGGCCCCUGGAUUGGCUUCCGCCACUGCGACAAACCCAUCGCCUGGGUCUGUAGCUGCAACCUCUACUACUUCCACAGGAGCCGCCCAAACUCGGCCUCAGGACUGGCCACAGGCUAUGAAAGAGUAUGUACAACGCUGCUUCACAGCCUGCGAAUCUGAAGAGGAUAAGGACCGAACAGAAAAAGUCCUGAAAGAUCUUCUGCAGUCUAGACUACAGGAUGGCUCUGCUUACACUAUUGACUGGACCAGAGAACCUCUGCCAGAUUUGAAGCCAAAGCAGUCUCGCUGGGAGGCAGUUCCUCAGCGUUCUCAAGAAAAUGCUAUUGGGAGAGGUGGAGCCACCCGUGGCAGACUUGGGGCCAGGUUGGGUAACUACAGAAAUGUCUUUUCUCAAAGAAGCCCCUCUUCAAGCUCCUCCCACUCAUCCCGCUCCUCGUCACGAUCCCCGUCACCUCACAGCCGACACAGGGAUCGGAGUAGACAACAUCGCAGUGACUCUGGCUCUCAGUCAGACAGCAGCAUGUCAAGUGAUCCUCGACUUCCACUGUCCCGGCGGCAACAGAAGGGUGGCCGAGGCCGUGGGGCAGAAAGGGAGCGAGGUAGAGGAGCUGUGGGAGAGAGAGGGAGAGGAAGAGGCAAAGCAAACAGAGGGCGGAGGAAUAUGGAAGACCUCUCUGGUGGUAUUGGUAAAAAGCGGAAAGGUGGUAAUGCAGGGCUUGACUUUCACGACCCAAAUCGUGAAGCAAAGAAGCAGAGCCGGGCAGCACGCUUCCACACUAAACUACGCACUGAGCCCCUGGUGUUAAACAUUAAUGUUUUUGACCUCCCCAAUGGCACACAAGAGGGACUGAGCUGGGAUGAAUGCCCCAUAGUUGGCACCUGCCAGGACAUUACCAAAAACUACCUGCGCCUGACCUGUGCCCCUGACCCUGCAACUGUGAGGCCCGUAUCUGUGUUGAGAAAGUCCCUGAUUGCAGUUAAAACUCAUUGGAAGUCCAAUCAGGAUUACUUGUACGCAUGUGAACAAAUGAAGUCAAUACGACAGGAUCUCACUGUUCAAGGUGUGCGUACAGACUUCACUGUGGAGGUGUAUGAAACGCAUGCUCGCAUCGCUUUGGAAAAGGGUGACCAUGAGGAGUUCAACCAGUGCCAAACCCAGCUAAAGGCACUGUAUAAAGACUGCUCAUCGGAUAACGUGGGAGAAUUCACUGCCUACAGACUUAUCUACUAUAUCUUUACUAAGAAUUCUGGAGACCUGACAACCGAGCUUGUGUACCUGACCCCUGAGCUCCGUGCUGAUCCGUGUGUAGCUCAUGCUCUUGAGCUCCGUACUGCCUGGGCACUUGGAAACUUCCACCGGUUCUUCAAACUCUAUCGGAAUGCUCCACGUAUGGCUGCUUACCUUAUCGAUAAGUUUUUGGAGCGUGAAAGACAUCUAGCGCUGAGGGCUAUUCUUAAAACAUUCAGGCCCUCUGUGCCGGUGGAGUAUGUGCAGUCCAGCUUGGCCUUCUUAGAUUUAGACUCAUGUUUAGCAUUUCUAACAGGGCUUGGGGUUACAUUCACCCCCUCUGACCCCAGCAGAAUAGACUGUAAAGUUAGCUCAGCCAUUCUUACAACUUCGUAGUAUGGGAAAAGGGUGGGGGUUGACCAGAGAAUUGGCUUUUAUAGAGCUUAAAAAGACAAAACUGUGGAUAAGGGACCAGAUAUCUACACAACAGACAGACACACUCAGUCUUGAGUUGAUCAUAUUAAUGAAAGAUAUCUCAGAUUUUUUUUUAAACUCUUGUAGAGUGAUGGACUUUCUGACAGAUGACACAUUCACAUACAGGGACUAGGUGCCAUAUUCAAGACCCAGUAUAGCCUAUUCACACAGCCCAUUUAAUUAAGUAUUAGACAACCAGUUUACUUGCACACUAUCCCUUACACCUUAGUUAAAGGAAAAAGAGGCAAAGAUCUGAUGGGGUUGGGUCAGCAGGUCAUGUCAGGUCCCACAUCACAAAAAAGCUCAAAAAAAGCAUUUUAACAGUGUUGUGUGUUCUCAUGUUUCUCUCCCCUCAAGCAAACAGCUGCAAAGUUCAAGACCUGAAAACAUCAUGGUUAACCAAGAAUAUAAUGUGGGCCAGUUGCCACCAACAGUGUACCAGCUCAUCAAGUCUGUGUGAAGCCAAAGGAUCCUUCUGCAAGGUUUUGGUCAUCUUUAAUGGACUUUAAAGCAAAGUGAGCUUCAGUGCAAUCCUUCAAUCAAGAAGAGGAUGGUUUGUAUUUCCCAUCUUUCUCUUUGCCUGAGAUGUCUUCAGUGGGUCACUGGUGGAGGUGCUCUGUUAGAUCUCUUGGCUCCCUUCAUCUCCAGGAUCCUAAUGCUGAUAAUGCAUAAUAUUUGGACUGAGCUAUAACAAGACAACCACCAUAAAAAAAAAUGCAGAUUAGGCCCUGUUCUGCAUCAUGAAUUCUGCGCCCUUCCCACACAGUCUUCUCUCCCUCUCCUGCAUGUCAUCAACUUUUUAAGAAGCACAAAUCAGAGACUCCAAACCUUUCACUUACACCCCAGCUGUGAUCUGAAUAGGGCCGACCAUUCUAAAAAUCAUCCGACUCCACUUAGGGCAUUCAUUCACCACUAGGUUUGACCAGCAGCUUCUGAAGAACAAAGUCUCUUACAAGGCACCCCCCAGCAUAGAAGGUCCCUAAGCCUAACCUGCAGUCAGCCUGAAAAGGAAAAGUAAUUCAGAAGGAAAAGCAAGCUCUGAUUUCCUUCACAGCAAGUUGGUGGGCUCUCUCGUCUCCUCUUCAGAUGGUGAUCUCCACUAGUCACCUCACAAGGACAUCCACUGUCCUGCUGGGGUUUGGAAACGCAUGGGUUUGUAUGGCUCCUUAAGCUUUGGCCACGUCUACUGUUAAUGGCUGGUAAGAAGGACUUGAUAUUUUGAAAGCGUGGUGAAUCUUCGUUCCUCUUGGGUUGAGGUGUUACCACUGUUGAACAGCGUGCUUGGCUUGGUAUCUGUUAACCCUUCUGGCAGGUAGUGAAUUUAUUUCUCAUUUAAGAAUGGGCCUAAUACUGAACCCUGAUGCACUUAUCUGCAAGAUUGAUACCAAUAGAUCCAUAAAAAAAUCUAAAGGGUCUGCUCAUUUUACAUGGAUAUGACUAUGAUAUGUGAUUUAUAGUGAAAAUCCAGAGUUUGAUAUGGUAUCAUGGUCUUAAUAUAGCCAGUGAUUGAAGUAUGAACACAUUGUAGUAAAAACGUUGUACCUAUUCAAAGUAUUACAAAGUUAACUGACUUCUAAUGGACUGAUUUUAAAAUUGGAGUUACUACUUAAUUUUAUUGUAAAUGAACGAGGAGCAUGUGCACCAGCAUUUGCUUUUUGACGUAAUUAGGUUUAUUUAAUGUUAAGAUCUAGCAUGGAUAAUGCUUGGGUCUGAAAUAUGUGUGCUUUUGCAAGAUGUGCUCAGGGCCACUAUGAGCAGAAAGCAUCCCUUACACCUCGAUGGUGAAAUUUGUACAUAUGUGCUCACGUAAAUAAUGUGAGAAUGGAGUUUUUUUUUUUUUUUUAUAUAUAUGGCUACUUUGAUUUCAUAGAUUGUUUGUACAGUGGUAAGUGUCGUUUUGAACUAUACAUUUAUUUUGCUGUCUGUUUUAAAAGUUUACAUAUAAUAUUUUGAGUGGUGAGCAUGUGCGUAUACUGAUAUGCAGUUUAGUGCAAAUAAUUGAGA